UUCUUCAGCGCCUCCCCCCUCCCGUCGUGUAGCCGCGCCAGUCACCUCUCCCUUGCGAGACGCUGCCCACCUCUUCUCCUCUCCCCCGGACUCCGGCACCGGCGACGGCAUAGUAGUCUUACUGCCUGAUUUCUUCUCCGCAAAGCGAAUCGAAGAACUGCCUGCGUCCACAUCUGCUAUUUCUUACAGCCGCAGGGUCGCUGGUGACUCUCUCCUCCUCUUCGGAAACGACGCGGCGGCGCAUUACAGGCGAAAAUCAACUCUACGUGGUGGAGCAAUACUUGUGCUUGUUUGUGUUAUAUCUUCCUGCAAUUUUGUGCGAAGUGCUUGGUAUCCCCAAGCCGAUAUCUUUGAAAUCCUUUAGUAUUAUCCUUCUGUUAGGUCAGACCACCAAAGUGCAAAGGAGCAGAGAUGGGUUUGUAACGAGCUUGGCCUGGUAACAAUCCAUUUUAGACAACAAGACUGCUUCCUAGAUUCCUAAUUCUUCCAGCUAUAGGCUUCUUAUCUGGGCUCAAAAGCAAUGACUUCCAGCAAAGAUGAUGUUGAUCAACCUACUGAUUCCUAUUCUCUACUUAAGAAUCCUUACAAGGAUCCUGAUGAUGGUCGGCAGCGAUUUCUUCUUGAGUUGGAGUUUGUUCAAUGCCUUGCCAAUCCAACUUAUAUCCACUAUCUUGCUCAGAAUCGCUAUUUCGAGGAUGAGGCAUUCAUUGGUUACUUGAAGUAUCUUCAGUAUUGGCAAAGGCCUGAGUACAUAAAGUUCAUAAUGUAUCCCCAUUGCCUAUUCUUUCUUGAGCUUCUCCAAAAUGCUAAUUUUCGCAAUGCAAUGGCACAUCCUGGAAGCAAGGAAUUGGCUCAUCGGCAACAGUACUACUUCUGGAAAAAUUACAGGAACAACCGAUUGAAGCACAUUCUACCCCGUCCUCUUCCUGAACCUCCUGCUGGUCCAGCACCAGCUCCUCUUCCAACUGCAGCACCAGUUCCAACUUCAGCCCCAGUUCCAAAUGCAGCUCCAAGUUUAACUCCGAUUUCUGCUCCAUUGCUUGCGUCAAUGCCACCUAUGAGUUCUGGCCCUGUACACUCUCCCAUGCAGUUUGUGGGACAACCUGGGUCUGCUGCCUCUGCUAUUUCAAAGAGUGACAUGAGAAACGCAAUGGGAGAUCGUCGGAAGAGAAAGAAAGAAGAUUGAAGGGGCUAAACUACUUACAGAAGAAGAAUGACCCAUAUGACAUGAAUGAGUUUGCAGGCUCUGUGCAUCAUCUAAUCGACAACUUUUUGGAUUUGGGAUGAACAAUGAUCUUGAUAUCGGCAUCUCCAUUUCGGCAACUUGCUGAAAAAACAUGCCUGCUUGGUAUCCAAACAUGCCAAAUAUACUUGCUAUUUAAAGGGCCAAAAUUACUCAAGUCAACUUGUCGUUGCAUCUUUUCUUCUGAAAUAGUUGAAACAUAUUUACUGCUAAUUUCAAGCCUGUUAACAGAUAUUAUCUUAGAUUUCAAGCCUGCUAACUUUUAUUAUUA